GCGUCACCGCACCUUGGUCCCGGGUUACCCGAAUGCAUUCUCCUCAGACUGUCAGGGUCUGGGUCAUGGGCCCCAGAGCCCUGCUCCUGCUGCUCUCGGAGGCCCUGGCUCUCAUCGAGACCUGGGCGGGCGUCCACGAUGUGAGGAUUUUUAGCACGUCCGUGUACGGCCCGGGCCGCGGGAAGAACCGGUACAUCGUCGUGGGCUACGUGGACGACACGGAGAUCUUGCGGUUCGACAGCGACGCCGCGAGGCCGAGGCUGGAGCCGCGGGUGCCCUGGAUGGAACAGCCGUGGGUGGAGCAGGAGCACCCACAUUUUUGGGACGAGAAGACGCGGGUCUGCAAGUACAACCAACAGACUUUCGGAGAGAACCUGAACAACCUGCGCCACUACUACAACCGUAGCGAGGAGGGGUCUCACACCUACCAGGAAUUGAGUGGCUGCGUCUUGGAGUCCGACUCGAGGUUCUUGCGGGGGUUCAGUCAGUUCGCCUACGACGGCACCGACUACCUCACGCUGAACGAGGACCUGCGCUCCUGGACCGCCGCGGACGCAGCUGCUCGGAUCACCUGGCGCAAAUUGGUGCAAGUUCCUGAUGUGGAGCGACGGAGGCUCGCCAUUGGAGAUUCGUGCGAGCGCUGGCUCCGCCUGUUCCUGGAGAACGGGAAGGAGACGCUGCUCCGAGCAGACCCUCCAAAGACACACGUGACCCACCACUCCAUCUCUGACCAUGAGGUCACCCUGAGGUGCUGGGCCCUGGGCUUCUACCCUGCUGACAUCACCCUGACCUGGCAGCGUGAUGGGGAGGACCUGACCCAGGACAUGGAGCUUGUGGAGACCAGGCCUGCUGGGGACGGGACCUUCCAGAAGUGGGCAGCUGUGGCCGUGCCCCCUGGAGAGGAGCAGAGAUACACAUGCCAUGUGCAGCACCAGGGGCUGCCUGAGCCCCUGACCCUGAGAUCGGAACCCCCUCCUCAGACCACCAUCACCAUUGUGGGCAUCAUUGCUGCCCUGGGUCUCCUUGGAGCUGUGGUCACUGCAGCUGUGCUGUGGAGGAGGAAGUGCUCAGGCAGAGGCAGGAAGAGCUGCACUCAGGUUGCCUGCAGCGACAGUGCCGAGGGCUCUGAUGUGUCUCUCACAGCUAAUAAUGUGUGAUGGAACUGCCUUGUAGGCGACUUGGUUUAAAGUAGUCAUUGCAGCCUCAUCUUUGGAGUUUAAGGAUCUCUGACUGCUGUUUGUGCAACCGGCAUUGGAACCUAUCUGCAUUAUAUUAAAAUUUGCAAUAUGUUUAUAUGUAUAAAUUAAACAGAAGUGAUUUAGAUUAAAGGCUGGAAGGGGUA